CAUCAACCACAGCGUGAGUGCAUCUCUAUCCACGUUGGUCAAGCUGGAGUCCAGAUCGGCAAUGCCUGCUGGGAACUCUAUUGUCUUGAGCACGGCAUCCAGCCAGAUGGGCAGAUGCCCAGCGACAAGACCAUUGGAGGAGGUGAUGACUCCUUCAACACCUUCUUCAGUGAGACCGGAGCUGGAAAGCAUGUCCCCAGGGCUGUGUUUGUAGACCUGGAGCCCACUGUCAUUGAUGAGGUGCGCACUGGGACAUACCGUCAGCUGUUCCACCCUGAGCAGCUCAUCACAGGAAAGGAAGAUGCUGCCAAUAACUACGCCCGUGGUCACUACACUAUUGGAAAAGAAAUCAUUGACCUGGUGCUGGACAGGAUUCGCAAACUGGCUGACCAGUGCACAGGUCUCCAGGGUUUCCUGGUGUUCCACAGCUUUGGUGGUGGAACCGGUUCUGGCUUCACCUCUCUGCUGAUGGAGCGUCUGUCUGUGGACUAUGGCAAGAAGUCCAAGCUGGAGUUCUCCAUCUACCCCGCUCCUCAGAUCUCCACCGCUGUGGUAGAGCCUUACAACUCCAUCCUGACCACCCACACUACCCUAGAGCACUCUGACUGCGCCUUCAUGGUAGACAAUGAGGCCAUUUACGAUAUCUGCCGUAGGAACCUCGACAUUGAGCGUCCUACUUACACCAACCUCAACAGGCUCAUUGGCCAGAUUGUGUCCUCCAUCACAGCUUCCCUCAGGUUUGAUGGUGCCCUCAAUGUCGAUCUUACAGAAUUCCAGACUAAUUUGGUGCCCUAUCCUCGUAUCCACUUCCCAUUGGCUACCUAUGCCCCAGUGAUCUCCGCAGAGAAGGCUUACCAUGAGCAGCUCUCUGUGUCUGAAAUCACUAAUGCUUGCUUCGAGCCAGCUAAUCAGAUGGUGAAAUGCGACCCGCGUCACGGCAAGUACAUGGCUUGCUGCCUGCUGUACCGUGAGUUCUCAGAGGGCAGAGAGGACGUGGCUGCGCUGGAGAAAGAUUAUGAGGAGGUCGGUGUUGAUUCUGUUGAGGGUGAGGGAGAAGAGGAGGGCGAGGAGUAUUAA